GAACGGCCACGUACAUGCCCACUUGGCAUUUCUGGAGGUGCGAUGUCCACAGCUCGCCCAGAAGGCCGUGAAGGACCUCGAGAGAGCUUUCUGGGCGAUUUUUCUGCUGGAUGUGGAAGUAAGUACUCUCCGGCAUCUGCUACUAUACCUCUACACAGAUGCCUUGCCUGACGCUUUUGGCAUCACCCUCACUCCGGCCUUGGAGUUACUCAUCUUCGCCGGAAGUUUGGUGAGCAAUCCAGCCCAAGUGUUUUCAGGAACGAGCCGGAUGAAGAAGAGCAGGUUAGAAGACGGCCCAUGUGUAAUACGACGUUUGUACGCCUUAUGUGAGCAACACAUCCUCGCGUCUAUCACCGGGGCCAACGUGGUGGAAGUGCUGCAGACAGCUCUGAAUAUUGGCUCGAAGAAGCUGCAAGACGGUGUAGAUCGUUUUCUUGCAGGCGAAGGGCGUGACCUGAUCAAGUGCAUGACCUUCAACCAGUCAUUGUUUGCCCUCAAUACUGAGAAUCCAAUAGCCGUGGCGCGUGCAGUCAGUGCUGCAGCUGGAAAUACUCAGGUUCUGCCAAGUGACGCUGCCGGUGAUUCGCCGCAGGUGCCGCCUUCCCAGUUGUUGGAGCAUCUCGAAGUGCUUUUCGAAUCUGCUCGUGCUGCAGACGGCAAACCGCUCGACCUGGUUUCGAGAGUUGACUGCCGUAUUUGCUGGGAAGGGCAGAGCGGGCAAGCGACAUUUCAGCUCUCCGCGCACCGUUUCAUCCUUGCGGCACGGUCUGCAUAUUUUGCUGCAAUGAUGUCGACUCCAAUGAGGGAAAGCUCGAGUGGACACAUUCCGAUAUCACUUCCGCUGGCGCCCAGCUCUGCCGCCGCAAAGGCAUGGCUGCGGUACCUUUACACAAGCGCGUUCCUUGAUGAGGUGGAGGGCCAACCCUUGACCACCUGUGCCUUGGUUGACGUACUAGCCAUCGUGGACGGGCCGGGAGGCCACAACUUCCUUCAGAUGUCUGAGAGAGCCUACUCGGACGUCCAGCAGCAGGUACUGGCAAGUCUUGAAGCCGCAAGGCAGACUGAAACCACUGCCACCAUGAUAUUCCUGCAAAGAUCGAUGGCACAGCAAUGCAAAACUGCCUUGCCGGCUGCUUUCGAUGAUGCCCUUGAGAAGUGUGCUGGUGUCGACUGUCAGGAUCUUGAGUCCUUCAAAGCUUGCUUCCCCACGGCCAAAGAGGAGUGGUGGACUACGGCAAUGGUGCAAGACAUGCAUCUUCAACUUCUGUGGCGGCGGAGUUCUGUGACGCAGACCCACUCAAAGGAAUACGACACCGCACGCCGAAGAGAAGAGCGCAUACUCCAUUACCGAAUUUUCUACCACAAGUUGGACCAGGGUGAGGUGUCGUACUUGGUCUCAUUGGAUUGGUGUGCUGCAUGGCGCAGCUUCUUACUUGGCAGACGGGGACCUCCCGGUCCAAUAAGAAACGAUCGAUUGGUUGGAGAUGGUUCCCGUGGCAGAGCAGUUGGUUCUAGAUCCGUGUCACUCAGCCGUGCUGCGUGGAAGUUUCUGCAAUCUCGCUAUGGAGGUGGGCCGGAGAUCAAGCAAUCUGGUGUUGGACCAAGAACUUCGCCCUAA